AUGGAACUGAUGGUACAAACCUGCCAGGGCGCAAAGCAGGAACGGUCCAUCGAAGCUUUCUACUUGGCUGAAAACCGAGCCUUAUUGAACCAUGUGGUUCAGUGGAAGACUGUAUCUCCUCCUUUGAUGUGUGGGCGAGACUGCUCUAUGUACGAACAAUGUGGCUCAUUCAACUAUCACACCAAGAAACGUGUUUGUGUGUUGAAUAAUGCCAACAGAGCACUCAGCCCAGAUGACUUCGUUGAGCUGCAAGGAAGUGUGUACUAUGAUGACAACGUGAACAGUCCCUCGUUUUCAGCAUCCAACAAUGAACGUGUCGAAAGUUGUCUUAAGAUGUAUCAAGCUGGUUACCGUGACAAUGACAUAUACAUCAUUUUCCCCAUAGUGACAGGUCUGAAUGAUGUAACACGGGUUUACUGUGAUAUGGAGACAGAUGGUGGAGGCUGGAUCGUGUUUCAGAGAAGACAUAAUGGCUCUGUUGACUUUUACCGUACCUGGGCUGAAGUUUUCACUAAAGUUUCCAUCAUUAAAAGCAACAGCAGUUGUCUGAUGUUGUAUCAAGCUGGUUACCGUGCCAACGGCAUAUGCACCAUCUUCCCCAAUAGUCUGAUUGAUGGGUUAGAUGUUUACUGUGAUAUGGAGACAGAUGGAGGAGGCUGGAUCGUGUUCCAGAGGCGACAAGAUGGAACUGUUGACUUUUAUCGUAACUGGACGGAAUACCAAUCUGGGUUUGGUGAUCUGCAGAAUGAGUUCUGGUUAGGGAAUGAUUUCCUGCGUGACCUUACUGGUUCGGAUCAAUGGCUACACUCUCCAUCGUGGCACAAUGGGCGCUCAUUCACUACCAAGGACCAGGACAACGAUGGAUGGGUUGAUAGACAUUGUGCUAAUCAGUAUUUAGGUGGAUGGUGGUACAACAAAUGCCAUAGUGCUAAUCUAAAUGGUGCAUACUACCAACAGGCAGAUGCACCGUUUGGACAGGGAAUAGAAUGGAUUGCAUGGAAAGGUCGAAGUUACUCCCUCAUGAAAAGCAGCAUGAAAGUACGGCAAGUAGUAUAA